AGAGGGAGGGAGGGAGGGAAAGUUAUAGGGCAAUGAUGGAGUGGGGGGACCUCGUCCGCUAAACUGCUGUUCGCUAUUUUCCUACUCUGUCAACUUUCUCUUCUAAGCAGAGAAUGCAGUGUUUUACCAGAAUACUGGAUAUCAAGAUUUCUGCCUUGUAACAAAACACAAACUAACCAUGGCGGAGGGUUUGGAGGCAGCUGGGGACAUUGACUGGAAAGAGCGGUGCAUGAGUCUGGAGUCACAGCUGCUUAAGUUUCGUAUUCAAGCCAGCAAAAUCCGAGAGCUUCUUGCAGAGAAGAUGCAGCAGCUGGAGAGACAAGUCAUUGAUGCCAACCGCCGUGCAGAGAAGGCUCACCAGCAGGUUCGUGUUAUGGAAGAGAAGCUCAAGGCAGCCAACGUGCAGACCAGCGAAUCAGAGAAUCGGUUGUACAAGAGCUGUCAGGAUCUGGAGACUCUCAUAGUGGAGAAGGAGGACAUCAUUCAGCGCUUGGAGCUGCACCUGGAUGAGCAGAAACAAAUGCGAAAACAGGAGACCAGAAUAAUCGAAGACAAAGCAGCUAAGAUCAAGGAGUGGGUCACAAAGAAGCUGUGUGAGCUUGAAAUUGAAAAUCAGAAUUUGAAAGUCGCCAGCCAGCAGCAACUGGAGCUCACACAGACUCUUGAAACCAAAUUACAAGCCCUGACAGGAAGCCGAGGACCAAAGUCGCCUUCUGGUUUAAACAAAACGUCAGGCGAAGCUCGACGGCUCAGCAGCCUAACGUUCGGGUACUUUCAAGGAAAUCCCCAAAGUCUGCAACAGAACGCUGGUCUGAAUGAUGGCAGCACAUCAACCGCAUCACGCCUCGAAGCUAAGCUCCUAGACAUACAGCAAACAGAGAAAGAAACCAUCAGGAGAUCGCAAAUAAAUGCAGUUCAAGACACCAGAAUUGUUCAAAAGGCUACCUCCCAGACUGUCAGCAGCCACGAACAACAAAGUCGGAAAGGAUUGGUUGGGCACCAGCUUGCACCGAGGCCAAAGGACGAAUUCAUGUCCCUAAGCGAUGGUAGUUCUGAUGAAGAAGAGAAGAAAAAGAGGCCAAAGUCCAAAUGUGCAUCUAACCACUCCAACCACAUGUUGGAAGAAGGAAUAAGGCUCAGUCACUUUGGGAGUGAGAUAUACCUAACAGCGUCUGAUGACAGUGGUUCUGCCUAUGAGGAUGAGGCAGCGAGGGUCCUGCAGGCCGAGAGAAAACCCUCAUCAGUGUCAGCAGCAAAGACUGAAUCUCCCAGGACUCUGGACCAAGUUUCAGCUGCAGCGAUGAGCUCAAAACCACUGAGCAAAAGAAUGGUACAAGACCAUUCUUCCGAUGAGUUGAACAAGAAAUUCCAGUCCCAGAGGCUAGAUUCUUCAUCUUCGUCCAGUGAGGCAAAUACUCCGAGCCCAAUUGUAACACCAGCACUUACCCCGAAACACGCGACCCCCACUCCGGCUACCAGUAUCCAAUCCAUCCAUUCCUCGGCUGAGUCCAACUCGUUUAACAAUUUACCGUCUCCGAAACUCCGGAAGCUGAAUGUGUUCAGUUUGAACCUGGCCACAACAAAGAAACAUUUCAGCCAACCGCAGCUGUGUACGGAUCGGCUGUUCGGCAGAAACCGAAACGCCAUCAGUAUGGUGCGGCCACUGCUUCACCAGGAGACAGACAUUGACACAGACGAGGGUGAAAGUGACAUUCUGGAAAAGAUGGAAAUGGGCUUUGACGAGGGAAUGUUCUUGUACGACCCUUCUGAAGUGCAAAGCCCAGAAGAGCAACAUGAACCGGGAGACAGCCCACCCAAAGCCUCCAACAAUAAACCCCCAACGCCUCCUCUGCACAGGUUCCCUUCCUGGGAAAGCAGGAUUUACGCAGUAGCCAAGUCAGGCAUGCGAAUGUCAGAAGCCUUUUGCCUGGACCCAGGUAACAAAUGCACUGGUUUCAUGUCUUCCUAUUCAAUGACAGGAUCCUACACCAGCCUCAUCUACAAAAAUAUAACCUCGCCCGUUUACACUACUUUGAAAGGGAAAGCAACCCAGGUGAGCACCAGUCCCUUCUCUGAUGAGUCCUCUGAGACUGAGGAAGAUGAGAGCUCCAGAGGAAGUUCAAGGACUUCGAUGACAGGAUCAGACUCUCGCAAAGGCAGUAGCCCCAGCAGCCCGAGAGCCAUGAAACGUGGUGUGUCAAUGUCUUCCAUGACAUCCGAAUGCGAUUAUGCCAUCCCGCCAGAUGCAUAUUCCACAGAUACAGAAUGUUCUGAGCCGGAGCAGAAACUUCCUAAAACGUGUUCCUCACAGUCUCUUGACAGUGGAAAAAAUGAACCUUUAGAGAAAUCUGGUUAUUUGUUAAAAAUGGGAGGAAAAGUGAAGACAUGGAAACGGCGAUGGUUUGUCCUGAAAGGUGGUGAAUUAUUGUACUACAAGUCUCCAAGUGACGUGAUCCGCAAGCCUCAGGGCCAGGUCGAACUCAGUACCUCGAGUCAUAUUGUCAGGGGAGAUGGAAAGCAAACUAUUCAGCUGAUUACUGAAAAGAGGACCUACUACCUGACUGCAGAUUCGCCUAACAUUCUAGAGGAGUGGAUCCGGGUUUUACAGAAUGUUUUACAUGUGCAGGCUGUCAGCCCCCUCUUCACACAGCCGGAUGUCAAGCCAUCAGUCAAGGGCUUACUAACCAAGGUCAAGCACGGCUACUCGAAGAGAGUCUGGUGUGCACUUGUUGGAAAAGUGCUCUACUAUUUCCGUAAUCAAGAAGAUAAGUUUCCAUUAGGCCAGAUUAAUUUGCUGGAAGCUAGGAUAGAGGAAGUGGACAGAUCAUGUGACUCGGAUGAAGACUAUGAAACAAGUGGGCGUAGUUUGCUGUCAACUCAUUACACCAUUGCCAUUUACCCCAAAGAGCAAGGUCCUACCUACCUCCUAAUUGGCUCCAAACAUGAAAAGAACACCUGGCUCUACCAACUAGCUAUAGCUGCGGGCAGCACUGAUAUAAACGUGGGUACCGAAUUCGAAAAACUCGUUGGCAAAUUGCUGAAUGCAGACAGUGAUCCCUGCUCACAGACAUGGAGACAUCCAACUCUGUGUUACAGUAAAGAUGGGAUCACUUCUUCCCUAACUACACUGCCAUCUGCAGCUUUACAGACUGAAGCACUCAAGCUUUUUAAGACUUCCCAAUUAUUUAUCAAUGUUGCAAUUGACGCCCCUGCCAUCGAUUAUCAUGUAUCGCUGGGCCAGAGUGCUCUGCAAGUGUGUCUCACACAUCCCGUGUUGCAAAAUGAGAUCUAUUGUCAAUUAACUAAGCAAACAAGGAAGCGACAAGCCCAGAACCAGUGUGGGCCAAUACAGGGGUGGCAGCUGUUGGCUCUGUGUGUUGGUCUCUUCCUUCCUCAGCAUCCGUUCCUCUGGCUUCUCAAGCUGCACCUGAAGAGAAAUGCAGAUCCUAGAACUGAAAUCGGAAAGUAUGCCAUUUACUGCCAGCGAUCAUUGGAGAGAACUCAACAGAAUGGAGACCGUGAAGCAAAGCCUUCCAGGAUGGAAAUCCUGUCCAUUCUCCUGAGAAAUCCCUAUCACCAUUCCUUACCUUUCAGUGUUCCUGUACAUUUCAUGAAUGGCACAUACCAGGUGGUUGGUUUUGAUGCCUCUACCACAGUGGAGGAAUUCUUGUACACUCUGAACCAAGACACUGGCUUGAGAAAACCAGCACAGUCUGGAUUCUCUCUAUUCACAGACGAUCCCUCCGGGAAGGAUCAGGAGCAUUGCCUUCAGGGAAACAUAAAGAUUUGCGACAUCAUUUCCAAAUGGGAACAGGCUUCCAAAGAACAGCUACCUGGCAAGUUGGAGGGAACACGAACUGUCCGGCUGACUUAUAAAAACAGGCUAUACUUCUCUACACAAGCUCGUGGGGAGACAGACAGAGAAAAACUGUUACUGAUGUACCAGACAAAUGAUGAAGUUGUGAACGGACACUUCCCUGUAAACAAAGAACUUGCUUUAGAAAUGUCAGCGCUCGUAGCCCAGGUGGAGUUUGGAGACUUUGAACGUCCUUUCUCUACACCAGGAGGACAGAUCAGCACUCAGUCCAAAUCAAAUCAGGCUCUCAAGCAAGUCAUAGAGAAAUUCUACCCCAAAAGAUACAAACAAGGCUGCUCCGAGGCUCAACUUAAAGCGCUCCGUCAGCGACUUUCUACUAAAUGGAUGGCUCUGAGGGGGAGGGCUGCUGCCGACUGUGUCCGCAUCUACCUGACUGUGGCUCGCAAAUGGCCAUUCUUCGGAGCAAAACUGUUUGCAACAAAGCCCAUUGCUCCUCCUGCACCAUCUGAUAAUGCACCAGUGUGGCUUGUUGUGCAUGAAGAUGGAAUUAGCAUAUUGGAAUACAGCUCAAUGCGUCUGACAGCAACAUAUUUGUACAAGGUUAUCAUGACCUUCGGAGGUUGUCGUGAUGACUUCAUGCUUGUGGUUGGGCAAAUGAUGGACAUUGUUCGUGUGAAAGAUAAACCAACAGAAAAGCUGUUGUUUGCUUUGUCAAAACCAAAGAUUCUUGAGAUCACUUUGCUGAUAGCUGGCUACAUCAAUGGCUUCCAACAGCAGAAAGCGGCAGUUCAUCACAUGUCACUUCCAUCUUCACUAUCUGUCCAGCCGGGAGGACAGAAAUCCAAGGAUAUGGGGAGCCAACCAUUACUUUCAUAUACCAGGCAAACCAAAGGACCAACAUUGUUAUAAGCCGGUAUUGAAUGUUAGUACUGAAACUCAAGGGCAUGUGCUUUACAAAGUCACAUCAAAACACUAUACAGAUAUAAAUAUAUAAAUUGCCAAAUAAAAUGCUUCACUGUUAGCGCACAUAGGUUCUGACCAUGAUAUUGAAGUAAAUAUUGAUUGUGUCUGUAAUUUAAUCAGUAUCAACACAGGGUCCCUUUUUUCCCCAAAAUGUAAAGGUAUUGAAUCAAGGAAAACAACAAUGAAACAAUUGGGUUUAUCUAAAGUAAAUAACAGGCAUUGGGCCAUCAGGAAUUUUUGAGCCGUAGGAUUGUAGAGGAUCCUGGAUUGAAUGCUUGGUCUGUUCCGAAUUAACUGAUAUUUAACUGAUCUCAGCUGGAGGCAGCAAUUGGCCUCAAAGGCCCAGAAAUCCUGGUUCUGAUCGUUCUCUUUUAUUGAGAUCUGCUGCAGGGAUGUGUGUGAAGGGUGAGUGAGGACAUGGUGAUUGACCCUUCCGGUUGAAUAACCUGCCAACAUUCACUGUCAAAGCUCCCACAUGAGUUAUGGUUAAAGUACUGUAAUUCAUGGAACAGCAUAUUCCAUCCCCUCCCCACCGCUGUGCAAGAUAAAAAGGAGACUUCGGGAGGGGAAAGGGAGAAAAUUGUUGAAUUAAACUGACAAGAAAAUUAAAAACAAAUAUCAUUGGCAUCAUAUCAAAGGGAAUGAUAAACAUCCAGGGUUUGAGUGUUGUAUUGGUUACUUAUUAAACCUGCUGUGCAUGUCUAAAGCUUAUAAACCGAAAAGUAAAUACGCUACUCAGAACACUUUGUCGGGAAGGGGACAAUCUGUGGCUUUAUUUAUUUGUGGAUGAAGAAGGCCCUUUGUCCCAUCCAAUUUCAUCCUUCCAUAACACCUACUGUUCCCCAUCACAGCAUCAAGCUGCCUUUGAAACAGUAUGGUUCCUCGUCAGCUACAUGUCUAAAAAUGUCAAGCUUUGAAAAUGAGAAACUAAAUCACAAGGAAGAAUUAACCAUAGCAUUAUGUCCAUUAAAAGGUAAAAUUUGAUCUUACUUUAAUAAAAAUGGAAAUUUAAACCAGUGAAGUCC